UGAUUUUACAGCUCAAUUGGUUAUUUAAGCUUACAAUCAACACCCUGAACGGUUAUCCUUGUGGAUAACGAGUCCUUCGAGCACAAAAGAGAGCGUACAUGUUGAGAAAGGCGCCUCCUAUACGUGCACCCCCUGUAGCUUUCUAGCACCGAGCUGGAGAGCGAGUCAAUCCCUGUAGCUUUCUGGCACACGGCCAGAGAGUGAGCCAAAACGCCUGCUACACGCACCUAGCGAGCAAAUCGAGCACCUGGCAACACCAAAGCCAUGGUGAACCGCACAGACGAACCAGAGCACCGAACUCCUGACCGGGAGGCUCCAACAAACCUCCCUACACCCCAAACCAAGCUUAGACAGUCAGAUAGGCUAAGAAGAAACCCACCAAUCAAGCAGGAGCCUAGGGAGGAGAAUGAGCUUCAAAUGUUGCGCAGAAUGAUGCUGAAUCAACAGGAGAUGAUGCAAAGGCAACAGGAGACAGUACAACAGCUGGCACAGCAAGUGAACCUCUUGUCAGGCCAAGCAAGCACUGCAAACACGCCUGCAACAGUGCAGGAGAAUCCGGAGCAAGAAGCUCAACAAGAAGAAGAGGACCGAGAAAUAGACUCUGAGGACGAACUAGAAGAAUUUGUCGGCAACCUUAUAGACACAAAUACGCGAACCGGCAGAGCGAUCACCCAAUUCAUGAAGAUCACGAAGACGGUAAAGAAGCCUAUGACCCUGGCUGGGGCCAGCAACUACCUAGCAUGGAGCAAAGCCAUCCUAAAGGUAGCUCGUCAAGUGGAUACUGAGAAGAUUAUCCUGGAAAGACAAGAGACCUCACCACGGCCAGAGAACUCGAAGAUUUCACAAUACUGGAACGUUCAGAAUAAAUGGCUACACGGCCUAAUCGACAGUACGAUAUCUGCACAAGCCAGAGAACACUUCGAGGAAUCGGAUAGUCUUAGUGCUUACAAACUCUGGGAAGCUGUAAGGACAGCCUUCCAAGAGAGACCUGAGAUACAGCGGGAAAGCCUAUUUACGGAGUUAAUAAGAAUGACACCACAGUCCGCUGGCUCAGAAAGGAAUUAUAUAAUGAGAUUCCUAGCAAUCCGUGUGGAAUGUGAGAGAUUAGGGUUCAAAAUUCAUGACUACAUCCUACACGAUAUUUUGAAGGCGAACAUUACGCCUCGAUGGAGAGAGUUCAUACAGAACCGAUUUGACAUGGCGUGCCAGAGCGGAGCAAACCUACCAGAGAAGGAUUUGGAAGGCCUACUGAAGGAUAUACUCCACCGAAUCCCCAAGAAAGACCAGAAGAAACGUGGAUCCUGAAGGCUUGAAACCGGCGGCCAGCUCGGAUUCAGACUGGGCUGGAGCCGACCCUGCGUACAAAUCCACCAGCGGCUACAUUAUUACCAUGAACGGAGCACCAAUUUCGUGGAGAUGACAGCGCCAGACGUCCGUUUCGAAAUCUACGACCGAAGCGGAGUAUUUGGCAGCUAGCGAAGCUGCUUGUGAACUAGUUUGGAUCAACGACCUGCUGAUAGACGCCGGGGUGAUUAGCGAAGGCUCAGCAAAGCUAAGGAGCUCGAAAUUAAGUGUUGACAACAAGGGAGCAGUUGACUUAGUUAAAGCUGAAGCUAUAACACAAGGAGCACGCCAUAUUGAGAUUCAGCACCAUAUGCUAAGAGACUGGGUUCAAAAGGACGAAAUCUCAAUCGAGCACGUUGGAACCGAUGCGAAUAAAGCUGACGGGCUCACGAAGGCUCUUGCAACAGAUCCCUACGCUCAAUUCACAAGCGCGAUAGGGGUUACAGGUUGAUACAGGAAAAUGUGGAGGUUUAUCAGUGAAGCCAACGAAAAUACAGUAUCGCGGCAAAACGGAGCUAAGCCUAAAGAAGGAGUAAAUCUGGACUCUGUAAUUAAUUUUUAUGGCGGAUUUGAGAAUCUAUGUGGCUCUCGCUCGCUGCUGGAGCUCGUUGCACAGGGAGCACCUCGCUCACGUGACCCACAUAGAUUAGCCGAGAUUCCCCUUUAGGUAGCUUAGUGAAUGACAAGCAUACGAGUCCUCCA